UUGUCCUGAUGGAUGUGAAGGGUGGGGGGGUGACGGGAGAUCGGUAGCUAGCGCGCUUGUCACUUUCAGAGUUCGGGAAGACGCGUUCUUUAUGAGUUCUCAGCGCGCACGCCUCCAAACACAUGCAUUCACACAAACCGUAAGUUUUUUGCUUUCUUUUCUUUUUGUACGUACGCAUUCGCAGUUGCGUCUCCCUAAUCCCACUCGAAAUACGAGGUGCGUCUGCGCCAACCUAUCGGAAGCGAAGGUCGCGCAGGAGCACGUUCCUCCACAAAGUUGGUGUGAGUCAGUUCGACUCAAUCGCCGUGCCAAGGGCAACGAUGAGUAGCUACGCCUUCACACCAGUCCAGCUACAGCGGUCUCGCCAGAGUCUUGGAAGUUGAGGCGCGGCCCAACAUUCCACCGAAAUGAU